UCAAAGCCUGAUAUGUCGCAAUAAUCAAACAGAGAUUGCAACAGAAGUUCGAAUUGUUGGCAAAAAUGAUUACACUGGCAGAGUGGAAAUCAAGAAUUAUGGCUACUGGGGAGGAGUGAGUCGAUUUAUAACAGGAAAUCUUUACAAAGUCGUGUGCAGACAAUUGGGCUUCAAUCCGAAGAAUGCUUAUAGAAUAAUCCCUCCGGAGGAUUAUAGAAGAUUUACAACAAGGAAAUCGACAUUUUUUAAAAAAAUCUUUAAUUGCACAGGAAAAGAAAUGACAAUAAAGGAAUGCAAACAGAGCAUGGCGGAAACAGAUGGUAAAACAUUUAUGUUUGAUGCGAAAAAUGACUUACAAGUGACAUGUAACCUUCAAUUACGAUUGGUUGAGACCAAGCCUAAAUCAAGAAUUGGUAGAGUUGAAGUUCUACAUGAUGGAAAGUGGAAUUCAAUUUGCCGUGGACUUGAACCAAGAGGAGCAGUGGAAGUUUGUAAGAAGUUGGGAAUGAAUUGGAAAUUCGCACAACCAAUAAAUAAUAUUAAAAACUUAACGAAGAAUAAACACUCGCUGAACCUUGAAUUCGUAAGAUGCGAUACUUAUUAUUAUGAUGUAUGCUUAAUAUCAAAAUCCGAAUCAUGCCGUUAUUUGGAGUCUGGUGUUUCCUGUAGGAGUAAGCUAAUUAGUGAUCCAAAACCGAGGGAUGAAAUUCGUUUAAAUCGAGGUUCAUUUGGCGUUUUGGAAGUGAAAGACAGUUUCAGUGGUAGAUGGUUCCGUGUUUGUGGCACCAACUGGACAACAGGGGCUUCAC